CCACGCGACCGCGACGACUGCGACAGAUUCCUAACCUCAAAAAGGUUUUGACAUAUGAGCUCUCACAGCAUCCGCUGACGCAAAACAAAAGUGAUUUAAAUCUAUAUUUCGAGACUAUAAAACUGCAAAUGUAAAAUGAUUCUUUGGGAUAGAGUUCGUAAUCAUUGUACGUGGAAUGGUGGUGCUAAACAAAUUUCCGUCGACGCCGUGAUACCGCUUUUCGCAGUUCCCGUCUUGGCGGUUAUCGCAGCACAAAACCUCCUCUGCACCGUCCUAAUUUUCGUGAUAACCCCUCUCCUGAUUUAUUACUUGCACAACAAUUUCCUACGAUUUUUACUGCGGACUAAGUUUUUUUUCAUGUGGACAAUCACGAGUGUGCUAAUGAUGAUGCUCGUCUUCGAAUGCAGUGUCGUGCCGUUGCUCGAGAUCCUGCCAGAGGAGAAUUUAGUUUUUAUAGUUUGUGUUGUCGGUGCCAUGUGCUGUGGAUACAAAACUAGGAUUUUAGCGGAUCAAAUCAUACAGGAAGGAAAUCAUGUCCAGGGUCUAGAACUCGGUGAAGGAAGUGGGGAACUUUGUCCUAACUGCAGAAGACGCGCUCCACCAAAAGCGUUUCAUUGUCGUGUUUGUCAGACGUGCAUCCUUGGAAGAGAAUACCACUGCAAAUGGUUGGAUUGCUGCAUAGGUUCCAGUAAUUUACGCUGGUAUCUAGCUUGUCUACUUUUCUCAGCAAUCGCUUUUAUAUAUGGUUCCAAUUUAACGAUGACUACUGUUUGUCAUCCAUUUAUACUGAUUGGAACCGUUCUUCUACCAGAUGACUGCAGUGAUGUCUACCACGAAAUAGACAUUGCAGUUUGCUUCGUUUCUGCAGUUUACAGUCUACUUGUCGGUCUAGUCAUAACAUGUUAUUUCAUCUAUCACCUUUGGCUCAUUUACCAGGGGAUGACAUCCAACGAAAGACGCAAUCUGGGUAGGGAAAGUCACUGCGAUGACGGAAUGCUAAAAAGUGUAUCUCGACUCUUUUGUUGUAAAACGUAGGUAUCGAUUUUCGUUCAAAGUCCUCAAAAAUCACGUCAAAUUAUCAUCCUUUCGUCUUACGUGAUUUUGAAAUAAUUAUGCGGAACAUAAAUCGCGGAUGAAAAUUGAACAAAGCCAAUCACAAAAUGUCAGAAAUUAAAAUGAGGAUAUUUUUUAACUUUAUUUCUACUUUUUCAUAAACAAAAUAAAAAAUGGGACAUUAUUUUGCCGAAAAAUGAAAAUCUCAAAUGUUGAGAAAUAUCGGAAAUAUAAUUUAAAACCCGAAAAAUGUUUAUGAAGUUGAAAUAUUACAAUAAUAAAAUUAUUGAAGUUUAAAAACUCGACAUUUGAAAUUAAUUUUCGAUAAUUAUAUUUUUGGUAUUUUCAAACAUGGCGGAUUUUCCUUUUUCGGCAAAAUGACGUUAUCCCGAAAAAAAAAUCAGGAAAUUUCUCAUUUAAUUAUCUUUCAUAUUUUAAUUUACUAGUCAGUUAGGCCUAAUAAAAAUAAAAAAGUUCGAAUUUUUAGUCCUCGUUUUAAUUGUGAGACGUUCAAACCUGCUACGGUUUCACGACUAAUUUUAAAAUUAUAUGAAUUUAGUCGAGGUAUCUUGUAUUUAAUGAGCUAUUUAUUUGCUUCGCAAUUUAAUUAACCACUUUCAUUAAAUCCAGUUAUAUGUGAUCUUUGUUAAUUUGAUGGUACUUGGAGGGAAAUUGAUUUCAUUAUUUUUUAGAUGAAAUUCAUUCUGCAAAAAGGCCAAAGGCUCAAGUCUGUGUUAUACAUAUAGAGACAGAAAUUUUUGGUGGUAGAAAAUAAAUGGAAGUAAAUGUGGUAGAAAAACUAGCAUAUUUAAUGUUAAGUUCCUUCUUUGCAAGCGUUUUUCUUAAAGAAAAUUGUAUUUUCUUCAGUACGACGCUCUCUUUGUUGACAGAGACUAGAAAGACUGCUAUGUCUAUUCCUUCAGUGUUUUUUUUUUCGAGGCCUUGCAUAAGUGCAUUUUAGCUAGUGAAUUAAAUCAUGUGCACAAAUGAGUAUGAACCUAUUUUAUUUUUUUAUUACGUUUUUGUUUUUAUUUUACUUUCUGUUUUAUUGCGAGAAUAAGCUGGGAAUUAUUUGGCCACAGUUUCGAGAAAUACAAGCAUUCUGAGAUUUACUUUCCAAUUCCAGGCAUCACAGUACCCUAUUUUCAAAAUUUGGUCCCUAUAGUACCCUAUGUGUAGCUCAUAAUGUAACUAUAAUAGGUUCACUUUUCUUUCAUUAAAUUGAAUCUUGGGUUAUAUUAACUACAUAUUUCUUAAUUGUCUUGAAUUUUUUUGAAAUAUUUCAGCGUAUUUUUAAAGAUUUAGAGACAUUUUAAAUAGAUUUCAACGAUUUGAAGGGAUUUUAAGAAUUGUU